AUGCCCAAAUGCAUGCACACACUCGUCAGCAGCGGGCUCUGGGCAGCAGCAGCAGCAGCAGCAGCAGCAGCAGCAGCAGCAGGAGAUACUGCAGCAGCAGCAGCAGCAGCAGCAGGAGAAACUGCAGCAGUAGCAGCUGGAGGAGGAGCAGCAGCAGGAGCUGGAGCAGCAGCAGGAGGAGCCAGCAAGUUAAGAGAGCCUGCUGCUGCUGCAGCAGCUGCAGCAGCAUCAACAGCAGCAGCAGCAGCAACAGCAGCAGCAGGAGAAGCAGCAGCAGGGUUAAUCAAGCCAGGAGAGUUUGCUGCUGCUGCUGUUGCUGCUCAGCAAGAUAAGGGUUUCUGGCAGCAGCUGCAGGCAGCAGCAAUCCGCCAGACACAAACAGCAAGAUAA